AUGCCGUACUGCCAAAAUGGUUGUUAUGCUCGUGUUUUGGAGCUAUAUGAGGUGAUGAAGAGCUUUGGUGUGGAACCAGAUGGUGUGAUUUUCUGUACUGUGCUUUCUGCUUGUGGUCAUGCUGGGAAUUUAAGCUAUGGAAAAGCAAUCCAUGAGCUAAUUCGGAAAAGAGAUCUGGUUCUUGACUCUCACUUACAGAGGGCCUUAAUUAACAUGUAUGCAAACUGUGAUGCAAUGGAUUUGGCUCGAAAGUUGUAUGAUGAAUUCUCCACAAAACACUUGGUCGUUUCUACUGCAAUGCUUUCAGGGUAUGCAAAGCUUGGAAUGGAUAAAGAGGCUCGUAUGAUAUUUGACGAGAUGAUUGAAAAGGACUUGGUGUGUUGGAGUGCAAUGAUAUCUGGUUAUGCUGAGAGUGAUCAGCCUCACGAGGCUCUUAAAUUGUUUGAUGAAAUACAGCUGCGCAGAAUAGUUCCUGAUCAGAUAACAAUGUUGAGUGUCAUUUCUGCUUGUGCUCAUGUUGGUGCGCUUGAAAAAGCAAAAUGGGUUCAUACAUAUGUAGAUAAAAAUGGGUUUGGAAGAGCUCUGUCUGUCAACAAUGCUCUAAUUGAUAUGUAUGCCAAGUGUGGGAGCUUGGACAGAGCAAGAGAGGUAUUUAAGAACAUGCCAAGAAAAAAUGUGAUAUCUUGGUCCAGUAUGAUCAAUGCUUUUGCCAUGCAUGGGGAUGCGCAUAGUGCCAUAAACCUCUUCCAUAGGAUGAAAGAAGAACAUGUUACGCCCAACGGUGUUACAUUUAUUGGUGUACUUUACGCAUGCAGUCAUGCGGGUUUGGUUGAAGAGGGCCAGAACUUCUUUUCAUCCAUGAUUGAUGAGCAUGGCAUCUCUCCCAAGCUUGAGCACUAUGGUUGCAUGAUUAACCUGUAUUGUAGAGCCAACCUCUUGAGGAAAGCUAUUGAGUUUAUUGAGACAAUGUCUUUCGCUCCAAAUGUUAUCAUUUGGAAAUCCCUUAUGUCUGCUUGUCAAGUGCACGGUGAGGUUGAAUUAGGUGAAUUUGCAGCCAAACGACUUCUUGAGAUAGAACCUGAUCAUGAUGGAGCCCUUGUAGUUUUGUCAAACAUUUAUGCUAAAGAAAGAAGAUGGGAUGAUGUUGGAUUGAUAAGGAAAUUGAUGAGUCACAGAGGCAUCUCCAAGGAGAGGGCAUGCAGUAGGAUUGAAAUGAAUAAUGAGGUGCACGAGUUCAUGAUGGCCGAUAAUAUAUAUGAGAAAUUAGGUGAAGUAGUGAGUGAAUUGAAGCUAAUUGGCUACACACCAAGUACCUCAGGAAUUUUGGUUGAUAUAGAAGAGGAAGAGAAGAAAGAACUAGUUCUUUGGCAUAGUGAGAAAUUAGCAUUAUGUUAUGGGCUAAUAAGUGGGAGGAAAGAGUCAUCAAUAAAGAUGGUUUCGAAAAAUCUCAGAAUAUGUGAGGAUUGUCAUAUCUUCAUGAAGUUGGUUUCGAAAGUGUAUCAAAUAAAGAUUGUUGUGAGAGAUAGAACUAGGUUUCACCAUUGCAAAGGUGGUGUCUGUUCUUGUAGAGACUAUUGGUGA